AUGGAUCCCGUUUUAACGUUAAAAAGAUCUUCACAAAUCGACGUAAAUGCUUGUAUUACUUGCCAGACCAGUCUUAAAGAUGAACAUUUGAGAGCUGCUACUGAUUAUAGCAGAACGGUAGUUCGCGAUUCCAUGAAUUUGCGGAGCAGGUUUAGAGAUGUUGGGAACAGGGAAACAAUCAGUAGGCUGGAAGAAGUCAUUAAUAGUAUUGAUACUUCAAUCGUUUGGCAUGUCAAAUGCUAUUCCUUAUUUACAAACAAAGACAAAAUCCAGCGCCUGAAGAAAAAGUGCCACAAAGAUGAGGCGUCUGCAAGACCAACCUCAAGUCCGCAUAAAACGCGUGCGCAAACAGAACAAGUUGAUUGGGAUACAUGUGCUCUCUGUCAGGUUCAUACGAAUGAGCGCUUAUCAUCAGCUAUGACAUUUAAGACGAGGGAACAAAUUAUUGACAUUAUCUAA